UCCCUGAGUCCUUUUUCCUCAUCCUAUGGGAGAAAAAAAAAAGCUUCGAUGAGCUGCAGGUGGUGGAGUAAUGACAGAGAAGGAACCAGGAGAUUAAUUUUAGCUGCUAAUGAGCUGAGCUUUUGUGAAGCAGCAAUAUAAACCACACAUGCCUCUGCAGCCCCAGUAGCCAGAGGCACCCGGCUUUUCAGCUUUAGAAAAUCCAGCCAAGGCCAAGCUGGAAUGGAAGGGGAGGGCCAAGAAUAUGUGCGAGACUUUGAUGCAUUGGAAGUAACUGACAAGAAACCGUAAUGUAGGAAAUCAGAACAGCUGGGAGCACCUCAAAAGCAGCAGAUGGGGUUUGCAACUGGAAUAGCUGAUAUCUUCAUUCCUUACUGAACACAUCUGGAUUCAACUACCAUCAGGAGGAAAAGAACUAUUUGCUCUGUGAACAUCAGGAUGCUGGGAAGGGGACUGAUUUCUAAUAAUGUCCACAGAGUUGGGAAAUAGUAAUGGGGCCAUGAUGAUGCAUUUGUGUGCCCUAGGCAAGGUUUGUAGAUUGUGCUUUUUGUGGGUUUCUGCAUAUUGGGGAUUUUGUGCCUCUUCUGUAUCACAUGCAGUUGGACUCUUCAAAGAAGAAAUAUCCAAGUGCCAUGGAAUAGGAAAUAAACAAUUUGUAUGUAGCCCACCUUUUAGAGGUCUACCAAAAGGGCUCAGCCUAGAGGAAAACAGGCAGGGCAAAGUGAGUGGCAAGAUGUCCAAAGAUGUCACUGGGCUACAGAUAGAAAGCAUGGUCACUGGUCAGAGAUAUAGUCCUUUAGGUGAUCAGCUUUCUUAUUGGCCAACUGAGCUCAGUUUCAGGACAUGAAAGCUGUGUUGUGGUAUAGCCUUUUAGCAAAGGUCACUAAGCUUGUCCUAAGAUUUAAGAAUUCUGUAAAGAGCAGUAUCUAACUGUGACCAUUUUCAGGACUGAAAAUGAAAACUGCUUCCUAUCUUUCGACAAAGAGAUAAUGGACUAGAGGUGAAGAAUGAAACAUACAUUUUUAUGUAAUAUGUGGAUUUGUUUUCCUUGAUAAUUUUUUAUUAUAAGAGAAUUUUAAAAACAUUAUGAGGGGUGGCUGGUGUCAGCACAACCUGGUAGAUGAGGAAGUGGGACUCCCACUGGAGGGGCAGACAUGGUGGAAUUGGUGGAGGCCGAUGAGGCUGAACUUCAGUGUUUGGUGGCUGCAGAACAGCAGAAGAUGCAGUUCACUGCACAGGUACACCACUUCAUGGAUUUGUGCUGGGAUAAAUGCAUUGAAAAACCAGGAAUCUGUCUAGAUUCUCGAACUGAAAAUUGCCUUGCCAGUUGUGUAGACCGAUUCAUUGAUACUAUUCUUACCAUCACAAGCCGAUUUGCUCAGAUUGUGCAGAAGGGGAGCCAGUAGGCUAACCCUUAUCCCUAACCUAAGUGGGACAAAUGAAUAGAAGAACAAAAAGAUCUAUAACCGAACAGUUGAUAUACCAUGGCAGAGGUCUUUGUGAAAGGGUGAAGAAUAUAUAACCAGAAUAACUUUGGGCUGUGACCAAACCUAGUGGUUAAAAAAAUAAUGAGAUGUUCAAAAAGUAAAUCUUUUUUUUUUUUUUGGAAUUCCAGAUUGUAUUACAUCAUUCAAUAAAUAUGACUCCCCCCCCAAGACCCCCAAAAACAUUAUGAGGGGCAAGGAAAUAAUGAGCGUGGAGAAGGGGGGAAACAAACUGGUAAGAGAAUCAAUGGAGCGUUAGAAAGAGUUUACAGAAGAGAACAGAAGGAAGUUCAAACAGAUGGAAACACUGACAAGCAGGACAACUGUGGAACUAAUAUUUUGAAUUAAUUAUCUGCUUUGUAAAGGAAUAUGCUGAACAUGAUGGAGACUGUAUUUCAUGUACAGUCAGUUUUCUAUUCUCUAUAUGUGGAAAUAACCCAUAGUUGUUUUUAAUUUCAGACAAUUUUUUUUUGUGGGGCAAUGGGGGUUAAGUGACUUGCCCAGGGUCACACAGCUAGUAAGUGUCAAGUGUCUGAGGCCAGAUUUGAACUCGGGUCCUCCUGAAUCCAGAGCCAGUGCUUUAUCCACUGUGCCACCUAGCUGCCCCACUCAGACAAAAUUUUUAAAUGUCAAGCCCCCAAACAUUCCUACUCGACAGAUGGUAUCCCACAAUGGGCCGUUCAAUUGCUGUUCAGCUUAUCAUUCUCAAGGCUCAAAAAUUCUCUCCUCAUUCUGUGCAUCCCAGGAAUAUCCCAUUGCUGCUGAGUAACUGGCUGGUGCUGUUUCAGAUACAUCCACACAGCUCUUCUUUCCUAAACAAUUUUGCUUCUCCAAGCUUGGGGGAUAUUUUGAACUUUACCAGACUUUACCAGAGUUUCUUGGAUCUUGACCUUGAAAGGGUCACUGAUUUUUGAAAAGGCCCUUUGGGUUAGAGAGGUGGAAACCAAGCAAGGGAUAUGAGGAAGGAAACUGUUAGUGAGACCACCUUGGAAACAUAUCCCCUGAGCUCUCCUGAGGAACUGACAUCGGCUCUCCCCUUAUUCAACCCCUUUCCUCCCUUGCUUUACCCAGUUCCCUGAUGAGAAAUGAACUGGAGGAGGAAAUGGCAAACCAUUCUCAUACACAUGUCAAGAACUGCAAAUGGAGUCACAGAGUUGGAUAUGACUGAAAUGACCAAAAAAUAAGAGCUGGAUAGAGGGGAAGUCAACUAUGCUUCUCCUGCCUCCCCUCUCUCCUCUUGUGGAGACAUAUUGUGACCAUUUAA